AUGCAACGUAAGGUGGGUGUCAUUUUUUGUGUCACCCUGUACAAAUAUAUAAUUCAUUGCUGUACUGUAGAUCUCAAUGGUACAUUUUACUUGACCUAAUAUCAAACUACAUAGGAACUCACUACUUGAUAUUCAUAAGCAGUUCAUAUUUGAGCAGAAAAGAUAAGAUAGAACAAUGUCGAUUCUACGGUUUACAAACAGGUUUUUAGCGAGGAAUAUAUUUGGGAGAGCAUUAAGACAUGUUGCAUGUCGCACCUACUCAGAGGGGGAGGAAGUACCCCCAGUACAUCUUGGUCAGAAUGAAAAGAUACUAUUCAGCAUGAAUUGGGAAGAUAUAAGAUCGAUAAGACAUGGCCUUGAAAUCAAAAGUGGUGAUCGAAUCUUUACACUUGCAUCCGGUGGCGGCAAUGCGAUGACUCUCCUACUCGAUGAUCCAGCUGAAGUCGUGGCACUUGAUUUUUCCAUUCCGCAGCUGCACUUGGCAAAACUACAGGCAGCAUGCAUCAAAUAUCUAUCAUAUCAAGAGUUCAUUGACUUUGUUGGAGUUAAAAAUAUGAAACCAGAAGAACGUGUCAGAAUUUUUAACUCCAUAAAAGGAGCACUGGAUCCUGACGUGCGUGAGUAUUGGAAUGCUAAUACAUCAGAUAUAAACCAAGGGAUAAUCAAUUGUGGAGAUUUUGAGCAUAGAUUCAAAAUGUUUGCAGAGAAUGCCAUGAAUGUUGCGCUGAGUCCCAACCAAAUAGAAACAUUCCUAUCAAUGGGCGACGAUAUGAAUGAACAGAGACGAUACUUUCAAGAUGUCAUUGAUGGUGAAGUCUUCAGGCGAGCAUACCGAAGGCUUGGUUAUUGGGCAUUCAUAGGUACCAAUACGGAUAUAAUGCCAGCUCUCGAUUACCCCAACAUUUUUUUACAACAUUUUCUCAAAAAGGUGAAGACGACACCUAUGAAUCAAAGCUACUUCAUGGAAUACAUUUUCACAUGGAAACAGGGUGUCCUCACUCCGCUAAGGGAGUACCUACAAGAAGAGAAUUUUGAUGUUCUGAAAGACAGAAUCGGGCGCAUGAAAUGGUUACAUGGAGAGAUGAUGAACUACUUCAAGACAUUUCCAACACUAAAUCAGCCAAAGUUUGACGCUAUGGGCCUGUCCAAUGUCACUGAUUUGAUGACACUCAGCAAUCAUAAUACAACCCUACGAGCUGCUCCUAAAGUUGUUAAACAACAUGGAAACAUUCUCUUUUUGUGUGUUAAGGGUCUCCCUAAAACCUGGCCAGAGGAUCUUGUGGGAUCAGCUGUUGUUAUUGAACAUGAUAAAGUAAAGGAGUGUUCCGAAAUGGAUCGUUCUUUCUUCUGGGAAGACAUACAGGUUGCAAAGAGUUGGGAAGAUAUAAGAUCGAUAAGGCAUGGCCUUGAUAUCAAAAGUGGUGAUCGAGUCUUUACACUUGCAUCUGGUGGUGGAAAUGCAAUGACUCUCCUACUCGAUGAUCCAGCUGAAGUUGUGGCACUUGAUAUUUCCAUUCCGCAGCUGCACUUGGCAAAACUACAGGCAGCAUGCAUCAAAUAUCUAUCAUAUCAAGAGUUCAUUGACUUUGUUGGAGUUAAAAAUAUGAAACCAGAAGAACGAGUCAUAAUUUUUAACUCCAUAAAAGGAGCACUGGAAGCUGAUGUACGUGAGUAUUGGAAUGCUAAUACAUCGGAUAUAAAGCAAGGGAUAAUCAAUUGUGGAGAUUUUGAGCAGAGAUUCAAAAUUUUUGCAGAGAAUGCCAUGAAUGUUGCGCUGAGUCCCAACCAAAUAGAAACAUUCCUAUCAAUGGGCGAUGAUAUGAAUGAACAGAGACGAUACUUUCAAGAUGUCAUUGAUGGUGAUGUCUUCAGACGAGCAUACCGAAGGCUUGGUUAUUGGUCAUUCAUAGGUAUCAAUACAGAUAUAAUGCCAGCUCUCGAUUACCCCAACAUUUUUUUACAACAUUUUCUGAACAAGGUGAAAACGACACCUAUGAAUCAAAGCUACUUCAUGGAAUACAUGUUCACAUGGAAACAGGGUGUCAUCACUCCACUAAGGGAGUAUCUACAAGAAGAGAAUUUUGAGGUUCUGAAAGACAGAAUCGGGCGCAUUAAAUGGUUACAUGGAGAGAUGAUGAAUUACUUUAAGACAUAUCCAACAUUAAAUCAGCCAAAGUUUGAUGCAAUGGGCCUGUCAAAUGUCACUGAUUUGAUGACCCUCAACAAUCAUAAUGCAACCCUACGAGCUGCUGCUAAAAUUGUUAAACAACAUGGAAACAUUCUCUUUUUGUGUCUUAAGGGUCUCCCUAAAACUUGGCCAGAGGAUCUUGUGGGAUCAGCUGUUGUUAUUGAACAUGAUAAGGUAAAGGAAUGUUCUGAAAUGGAUCGUGCAUUCUUCUGGGAAGACAUACAGGUUGCAAAGGUAUUGUGA